AUGGGGAUGUCGGUGUGGUAUAUGAUAGCAACGCUAUUUUUAGUUUUAGUAAAUGGAGAGAUAUUCGAGAAUAUUUCUACUUCAAUUUAUGACAAACCAGAGACGUCAUCUCCAAAGCCUAACCAACAAUUUUCAACAACGCAAGAAUACGUCUUGUAUUUGACUCCCGAUCAAGCUCAGGAUUUGCAAGCGACUGGAGCUAUUGUCAGACCUCUUCCUCAAUUGGAAAACGUAUUUCAGCAACAACGGCGCCAAUUAAGUACUAAAGAUAAGACUGAACAAAAUUUAUCUUCAAAUAAAAAAUACCAGGUAGAUAACAAUAUUAAUGAAUUUUAUAAAGAAUUAUUAUUACACCAAGAUUUGGCAAUACAAUCGCAGUCGAAAGAGAUCCCAUCUGUAAAACCCCCUGCGAGGUACAAGUAUUCUCCUAAACCACGCCAAGAAUAUGCAUCGUGGUACGUACCUAAAAUUAAUAAUAAAACAAAUAAUCGUUCAACCGAAUAUGUGCGUUACCUUCCGAAUUACGAAAUUGAGACUUUGGAAAUGAAACCAUACAGUGCUCAACCAUUACCUGGCUAUUACUUUGAAACACAAUCCGAAGUUAAAACAUAUUCGUAUAAUGGAGCAAAAGAAAAUUUCAAACAAUCUGAGGUUCAGAAAUCUCAAGAAGCAUUAAAAUCGAUUAAGCUCCAAAGUCCUGAAAAAGUUUCAGAAUAUCGUUUAAUACAGAGAUACGAAGACAUUCAAAAUCCUGCUGAGAUUCAGGACCACGAAGAGAUUUUUAGGUCAGCUGAGCUUCAAAUAGAAGACAAAAAUCAAAAAGCUUUUGAAAUUCAAAAUGAAGAAAUUCAAAGACUAGUUGAGGCUCAAAAAUUUGAAGAAAUAAAAAAAUCCCUUGAAAGUUUGAAACUUGAUGGGCUUCAAUCAUCCUUUGGCAUACAAAGACAUGAAGACAUUCAAGAAAAUGAACAAAUUCAAAGACCUGAAGAAAUUCAUCCUAUAAUACAGAUCCCAACACGCACCUUCACAAUAGAGCGCACGCAAAAUCAACAACGUAUUAAACUUGAUGAAACGUCUGUGACCAAUGCCGGACCAGUGACUUUUGAAGAUAAAAAUAGGAAUCGAUCAGAUGAUCAAGAGGCAGAAAAAGUUGAAGCUACUUUUCAGAUAUCAACACCACUAUUGCACGCAAAAGAAGAAAAGUUAUCACCUUUAGUUGAAGUCCAAAAUCAACAUUCAUCACUUUCAGUUCAGCAAGAUAAAAUUAGUGAAAACAUUGCUGAACAAAAAGUCCUCAUUAAUAAUGAACGAGCCAUACAAACCAAACUUCAGCAAAUUACAGAAUCAAGCACUCACGAUACCGAGAAAUUCGCCACCGAACUUGAUAAAUUAAAGAAAAAUUUAGGGAAACAAAAUAUUUUGGCUGAAAAGAUAGCGACUCAGAGGGUUUCGAAAAAACCUCAAGGUAUAGUUAAGGAAGAACUCGCUUUACAGAGGCAUCGUCCUCUAGAAUUAGAGCAUAAACUUGAACAUUUACCGGUAAUUAUACCUCGACCGUACCCUGUAUCAUGGGGAAUUUCACAUCCAAUACCAGUACCAGUACUUCAAUUUGAAAAAGAUGAAAAUAAAAAGGUUUUACCCAUUGAUGUUAACGACGAGAUUUCAAUUCAUGGAUCUAAGAAUUAUUAUCGAACAGUAAGCACACCAUUUGCAGCACAGGAGCAGAUUUCCGGUGACGUAAAACACGACAUACCAUUUGCAUAUCGCACUCACGAGCCAGAGAAUUUAGCAAUUUUACGACAUAUAUGGGAACAUUAG